UGAUAGUUUCACACUUGGCCGCUUCACGUCAUUCACGGAAGAUGGUUGCCCAGAUGGCUACAUGCAGAUUCAAGAGACCAGUCGACCCCAAGUUGGAGGCUCCUGGUGCGGUACAUCGUGGGGCCCAUCUAUAUACUAUAGCGAAACCAAAUCCAUAACCUUAAUAAUAAGACUUCUCCAUCUAUCGAAAGAGCAAAACAAUUACAAUUUCAAUUUCCGAAUGGCCUAUAAGGUUUUGAGAAGAGAGUAUGCAACAGUACGGUAUGGUGGCACGCCGCCCUCGGAGCGUCCUUUUUUUAAACUAAGACCACUGCCUUACCCCGUAAACAUAUCACGUGGUGAAGAUACGAAUAUCGGAAAAGCGCCAAAAACCUCGGAACAUUACCUCGGGGACCUGAUCUCAGGGACUUAUUGCUCGCGGAUAUUCAGUGACUGUGAUCGUAAAAAUUGUAGGUUACAGUCGCCCAAUUUUCCAGGCGUUUACCCUAGAAACUUAACAUGCUAUUAUGCAGUGAGACAACAUGAAGUACCUCAGGGAAAGCACGCCUUAAUUGUAGUUAAGCAGCCUAAUGGGCAACUGAUAUCUAUAAGAAGCCAGAAAGCUUUAUAUAAUGCACAACAAGACAGAGGAAAUAAUGGAAGGGAGUUAAAAUUUUGGCAACAAUGCGAUGAGGUGCAAGAUUAUGUAACAGUUUACGAUGGGUAUACAACUAGAGAUCCUGUUAUUCUGAGGUUUUGUGGUGGAGGCGUGUCUGUACCAGAAGCGAUAUCGAGUGGUCCCGAGUUGUUAGUGGAAUUCACAACUUCGCCAUUUGGAACGUUUCUUCAACCAGCAACUUCGCAAGCUUUACACGGGUUUCAGUUAGAAGUAGAGGUCAGGUUUGUGGAUCAACAGUCACCUACAUAUGCGAAAAAUAAAAGAGCUUGUGAAUUCUGGAUUAGGGGAACCGGAAGAGGUGUAUUAGAACACCCGCAACAUUCUUUGCCUCCAAACACCACUUGCUUAUAUCAUAUGCAAGGAAUCGAUACCUCGGGUCCAUCUGGGAGAAACAUAAUUUAUAGAAGAACGUCAUUUUCUGCUCCAAGAUUCAAAGUAUGGUUUUCAGUAUUGAAAUUUUAUGUAACCAAUGCCCUCAAUCCGAACCUGCCAGAGGAUGAGUACUGUGGGAGUCAUUUGAAUAUAUGGGAUGGGCCAAUGAGAAUAUCGCCCGGGUGCAGUGAUAUAUUUUGUGAUAAAGAGAGAUCAGUACAGAUGUCAAGAGCCACUUCACCUCAGUCCGUAAUUGUUGGUCGUCCACCAACAAAUGCAACACUUGUAGCGAGGUUUUGUCGAGAGCGUGCUCCACGGACAUGUGAACAUGCUUUGUUAAGAAAAUCUAGAGCUUGUGCUCGUACUGAAAGCUUUCUAUCGAAAGGAGAUUCAUUGACACUUGAACUCAAAUUAACUCAAGGAACAGCAUUAAAGCCUAUUUUCUUCAAAGCACUUUACGAGUUCGUUGAUCUACAUCAAGAUGGUGAACCAUGGGGCCGAGGUUCUUGUUCACGACGGUUUACAUCGAGGUCUUUCCCAGAAGCUCCACCAGAUCCUCCUGUGACUUUUUCUUCUCCAAGAGAUGUAUUUUUGUAUGGAAGAGGAGGAGCAAGAAACAUAAGUUGUACAUACCGGUUUGAAGCAAAUCCUGGAGAAGUAGUGCGGCUUCGGGUUUGGGGAGUGCGUAGUGGUGGCCGGCUUUGUCGGUCUGUACAUUCAGCACAUUCAGCUUGGUACCGAUGCGCCGGAGAUCCUACAGCAGCUGUUAGGGUUUUUGAUAGACCUUGGAAUAAUGCAGGACCGGGAAUACCGAGAGACUGCUUAUGCAGUGAUGUUGGGGAUUACGAAUUUACAUCGUCGUCAACGGUAGCAGAAUUAAAAUUUGAUGUCGUCAAUAUGUCGGCAGUAGACGACUUUCGUUCUUUUGGUUUCGAAGCAUCGGUUGAAUUCGUCAGAAUCGAUGUUCAGUGUGAGAGGACGCAUAGAGUAAUUGGAGCGAGUGGGGACUUGAGACUAUCAUCGACACAGACCAUGACUGAAACGGACCGCUGCGAACAUCGUCCUUGGCUGAUCGAUCCUUCUCCUGGAAGAUAUCUAUACCUCCAAAUUCGUGGUAGCAUAAUCAAAGAACCUGAGCUAGACAAUUUUACUUUAUUAAAUAAUAUAACUGUUGCACCAGACCUAAGACACUUGUGUAGAACAUCAAACCGAAUCGCAGUGUACGCUGGAGGAUUGUGGCCAAUUUUCAUAUGCCCUGAUCCGCCUGAUGAAGAGAACGAAGAGUUAGUAGAAGUAUUCUCCGACGGAUGGUCCCAGGAAGUGGAUCCAUUAGCCCGCCACGUACUAGCACCAGCGCCGUCACCAGAUCGAUUUGAUCUCGACUGGCCGAGGUCUUUGGCUGUCGAGCUCGUCGCUAUGGAUUCUGGCUCGUAUUAUGUAACGUGGUUGGAACUUUCUAGAAGAUAUGCAAGUGAACGUGGCGGAGUAUUCGCGCUGUCGGGCGACUGCGAGUACCGCUGCGCAUCAUUAGAUGCAUGCAUUGCACCCGCCCUGUGGUGUGACGGAGUAGCGCAGUGUCCGCACGGCGAGGACGAGCGGCUGUCGCAGUGUUCCGCAUUGUUGCGGGUGCCGGCGCAUUAUGCUGCCGCGAUGCUGGCUGUCACCAUCCUCGCGGCGUUCGCUGUGAUAGCGGCAACACGUUCCUGUCGCCGCCGCCGCUCAGCAUUGCAACAGCGCCUUAAGAGCAUUUCCUCGGACACCGGAAUUUUCGAUGAGAAAGAAGUAAUUUGCUGACCAAGCGAGGACUCUGUGCGAUAUGUGGAAAUCGACAGAGUCACCACUGUGUGACCGGUUUCCCGCAUAGAGUCCAAUAUCUUUGUUGAAUUUUGGCUUUCGAGGACUUUAACUAUGUGAAUUAUCAAUAAGAUUAUUCAGAAAGACAUAAAUCUAAAAAAAUAACUUCAGUAUUCUACAAGUUGCGCAUCUUUAAUUUAUUCGUUGUCUCCG